UAACAGCCCCAGAAACAAGCCCGUACCGCUGAUCCUCGUGGAAUCACUUUACGCAGAUGAGAUAUAAGUUCUUUGGUUAACCUUGACUAAAAUGACUGGAAGCUGAGCAGGAAAUAGUGCAUGUCAAAGGCGAAUCAGGAGGAAGAUGGAUGCUUGCUCGAGAAUAGGAGAAAGCACGGAUGCGAUAGUGAUGGACGAUUCUCCUGUAGAUGAAAGGGACAUUCAGCAGGCUUGCCAAAGUGAGAUCCCGGUGGUUUCUCUGUGCCCUCCUGACAGCUCUGCCGAAGCACAGUUGACAGUCAUCCAGUCUGGAGAGGAGCUAUGUGACAGCUGCAGCAGCCUUGGCAGACCUUCUUCCUCCUUUCAGCUUUAUCACCAAGUGCCCCAGUGUCUUCAGCCUGGAGACUAUGAUUCAUCACAGCCCCGAAAAUGUCCCCACUGCAGUCAUCAGAGGCCAAUCAAACCUCACGCCGGCUGCGAUACAAUCGGGCGUCAUGCCGAAGGAGGUGUACUGGUGAAAGUGGGACACAGCUGUAGCUCCGCCCAUCAGGCAUCCUGUCACAAGGCGGUGAGAUGUCACUGGCUGCAUGGGUCAAAUGAAAGCGGUGCACAGAAACCAAAGCAGCGACAUGUGGUGACAGUAAGAGAUGGAGGACUUUACUGCAUCCUUAGAAAUUAUACCCAGGUGAUAGUUGACUUUCCAUUAGCAGUCCUGCUGGGUUGUGCCAUCCUGCUGCUGGGAUGCUCACUGGCUGGAUUGUUCAUUGGUCCUCUUCCAGACUUCUCUGAUCCACUGCUGGGUUUCAAGCCGCGGGGUACUUACAUUGGAGUCCGUCUGUCCAGCUUGCUCAAGCUGCAGGAAAACACUGGCCCAGGGAAAACUCUGUCUCCUUUACCACCCCAGCUUAAUAAAAGAUCUGGAGUUAUUGUCAGCAGAAACAGUAAUGGCAGUCGAGAUGCCUCCAGAGCUCGUAGUAAGAGGAUGCUGGCUACACACUCCUCUACAGACACCUUCCUGUGUGAUACUCCAGGCGAGCGUUUGGCCCAGUUGGUGUUUCGAUCAGAAAACUCGGCUAGUCUGUGGAGCCUGAAGGCGAUCCACACCAUGUGUGAGAUGGAGCAAUCCAGGAUUUGCUCCCAAGCCAAGUUCCAGGACUUGUGCCAGCGGCAUGUGAGAGCAGAAGCAGAGGGAAUGUUCAGAAGCGGCUGUUGUCCGAGCUGGUCUCUGGGGAAUUACUUGGCGGUCCUCUCUAAUGCCUCCUGCUGCCUCAACCUUACAUCACAGCAGGUGUCUGAGUCGUUAAACCUUCUCCGGAAAUGUGCUCUGCAUUAUCAUGAAGGACACCUAGUUGAAGGCUGUGCUGAGAGACCCAAACAUGGCAGCUGUGCCUCUGUUCCCUCCCGCUGCAAACAAUCCCGCAUCGUUUUCCAAAUCCUGCACUUCCUAGUGGACAAGGACUUUCUUGGCCCGCAGACUGUCGAAUAUCAAAUCCCAACGCUGAAGUACAGCCUUCUCUUCCUACCUGUUGACAAAGGAGAGCACAUGAUGGAGAUAUACAUGAAUAAUCUUGAAGGCAGGGAUCUGACUUCCAAUAAUACAACUAUUACUGGCAUAGACUUUGGCAUCAAGAAGACUUUGUUCAAAUACUACUUGGCCAGAGAUUUAGUAUACCCUGUCCUGGCUGUUGUAUCCCUUCUGCUCACUAUGACUUUGUAUCUCCACUCUUUCUUUAAAGUAGCAUUAUCUGUACUUGCAAUCACAGGCUCACUCCUAGCCUCCUACUUUUUCUACAAAGUAGCAUUUCGCCUGACUUUCUUUCCUGUGGUCAACCUCUCAGCAGCUCUCAUUCUCUUAGGAAGUUGCUCCAAUCAAGUUUUCAUUUUUGCUGACUUCUGGAAUCUGCAGCUAACACAAAACCCCUCGUCCUCCCUGGAGAAGAGAGUAAAUAGAGCUUUGCAGGAAGUUGGCUAUUUGAUUUUAGCCUCAGGGUUGACCUCCAGUGCAGCAUUUUUUUCUGGCUAUCUCAGCAGCAUCACAGCAAUCAGAUGUUUCUCUGUGUAUCUUGGGACUGCCUCUUUAAUCAGCUCACUGUUUGCAUUGGUGUGGCUGCCAUGCUGCUUUAUCUUGGGUGAGCGAUACAGAAAGAUGCCCUCUACCUCUGCAGCUGUGCAAGGAUGGAAGCCCUGCUGCUCCAAAAACCCAGGCGGCUUCUGGGAUACAAGUUCACGCAAGCGAUGCCUCUUCAGUGUGGUGCAGAAGCUGAGAGAACUAAAACGGGGUCUCACAGACACUUCUAAUUUAUUGUUUCUGAAAAUCCUGCCUUGUGGAGUGGUAAAGUUUCGGUAUAUCUGGGUGUGCUGGUUUGCUGUACUUGCAGCUGGUGGCACAUAUAUGGCUUGCAUCGACCCUGGCAUGAAGCUGCCCACUCUUGGCAGCCAGGUCACCCAGCUUUUUCGCUCCAGUCACCCAUUUGAGAGAUACGACGCCGAGUACCGUCAUAUGUUUAUGUUUGAGAGACAGAGAAAUGGAGAGGAUAAGCCUGUUACAUUAAUGCUUGUUUGGGGUGUCAAGCCAAUUGAUAAUGGGGAUCAUUUUAACCCAAACAGCAAUGGCUCUUUAGUUCUUGAUCCUAACUUUAACAUGAGCAAACCUGAGGCUCAGGUUUGGUUGAGGGAUCUAUGCGGACAUGUCCAGAACCAAAGCUUUUAUUCCCCUCCGUCACCUGAGGAUAUAGAUAACAUAACUGACAACAUCUGUCUUGUGGAGCAGUUAGUGCACUGGCUUUCUGUCAGACGGUGCUCAGAAAGUGAUGAUGCCCUUCAUUUCUGCUGUAACGACAUCCCUUUCCCCUACCCUCCCAGUGUUUUUGAGAACUGCCUCAGUAUGAUGCUGGCGGAGAGGUAUGCUGAGGGCCAUCUGGGACACAGUGGAGGUCUGUACUUCCAGCCAGAUGGCAGGAUCGCUGCCCUCGUGUUGGCAUUCAGAACUACAUACCUCUACAGCUUCAACUUCACCAGGACCAAUUCUUUUUACAGAGAAAUCCUAACAUGGUUUAACAAAGAAAUAUUAGGAGCACCAAAAGGGCUGGAAAAUGGCUGGUUCAUCAGUCCGCUCUCUCUUUUUGAUCUGCAACAGUCUUUAAGCUCUGAGACUUUGGUAGUAGCUGGCUUCUCAGUAGCUCUGACAUUUGUUUUUCUUCUCUUAACCACCUGGAAUAUUCCACUGAGCAUAUAUGCUACUGUGGCUGCAGGGGGGAGUGUGUUUGUCACUAUCGGCCUCCUUGUACUGCUUGAGUGGCAGCUGAAUGGCAUCGAGGCUCUGUUUAUAUCUUCAGCUGCAGGUUUGUCUGUUGACUUUAUUGCUAACUACUGCAUAUCCUACAGCUUAGCUCCUCAUUCAGACAAAAUUGGAAAAGUCGCACACGCCACUAAAAGGAUGGGAUGUCCUGUGGCUAUAGUUUCUGGUGCGUUUUUCUUUAUAGGAAUUGUCAUGUUACCGGCCACGGCCCUGCAUUUUAGAAGACUUGGGAUUUUUUUAUUUUUAGUGAAAUGUAUCGCUUGUGGAUUUGCAACCUUUUUCUUCCAGUCAAUGUGUUGUUUUUUUGGACCCCAGAAAAACUGUGGUGCAAUCACGCUGUCAUGCUUUUCUGAGCAGACAGAUGGCAUACUGACUUCUUGCUCUGAGCCAGCUUCCUCAUCAACCUCAGCUGCUAACGGAACCUUUGGCAGAUCUAGAAUGAGGAGGAGUUAUGACAAAGAAGCAGGUGGUUGCCUCUACCCCAACCACCAGCACAAGCAGAAACACACUGGAGGGGGAGGAGGUGGAGUGAACCAAAGGGCAGAACAGUAUGAGCUACAACCAUUGGCGUACCGCCUGAGUGACAGCUUUGAGAACAGCACCUGCACCAGUAAACUUUCCAACCGACCCUCUGUGCUCUCAGAUGAGAUUGAGUACUGUGGUGGAGAUGUGGGCAAGAAUAGCACGGAUAGGGAGGGCGAAGAGAUGUGCAGUCAUCAGAUCUGCCAACCACCACCGGCCCUCCAGACUUCAUCUCCUUACAGAGAAAACACGCUUCGGCCAGUAAGCCUGGUGCAAGAAGAUGUACCUACAGACAAGCUGCUGUGUAAAACCUGCAGGGGUCAGUCAGUUAUUGUGAAGCCAUGGAGCAAUACAUCUUACUCCUCAACAUCAAGCAUAGAGGAGACUAUCAUCAGCCACACAAUGGAGACCAGUGACCAGCCAUCUCUCUGCAAAGAGGAAAAUACAACAAAGGAGGGUCAUUCUCACCUUAAAAGACACCUCUCCUCCUAUUCUCAGAGCUCCUGCGAGGGUCUGGAGGACUCCUGUGAAACAUGCCUCAGUGACAUCGAAGCGGGGCCUUCAAAUCCACAACAACAAGAAAAAGAGACAGAGGUUCAGCUACAACCAGGACACCUCAAUGGAAGGAGAGAUACACUUCGGCUCUCGCUGAAAGAAACAGUUUACGAGACUUGUGGUAAGGAUCGCACCAGCCGGAGUGAAGAAAUAGUCAUUUUGCCCAACAGUAAGCCAGAUUUACCCGAUGUUUGGAUAAAGCGAGACGGACAACAGGAAGACACAUGCUGAGCAAUGCUAUGGGCAUAUUUUGCAGUCACUGUGGAAUUAUUGAUCUUAACUGAUCAAGAAAAAAUAAAUCUCAGUAUUUAUUACAGUAAAUAUCGAUUAUAAAAAAAAACAAACUAUUACACUUGCAUAAUACUGAAAGGAAAAAUAAGGCAACAGCAAAUGUAACACGAGACUGCAUGUUUGUCUGAUGUUGCUGUUAAAGUUGUCUCAGUGUCUGUUACAACUGAGGUUAGAGCAUGAGUGUUUCUUCAGAAAAAGUCACAUUAAAGCAUGACUGUUUCACCCAAGUAGAGGACAGUGAAAGCUUUACAUCAAUCACAACUUUUAACCACCUUGAAUUAAAGCCAUCAACAUAAAAACCAUCACUAACUGCACCUGCUGCCUGCAGAGAUAACUUUGUGCCUGGGACUUUUUAUCUUCUGAACCUGAACACUCUGCACCGACGAGAAUUUUAGCAGAUACAGCGUGAACUCUGUCCUCCGUGCUGGAAGUCUUGAAUAAGCUGUCUUAUUAUGGACUUGGGUCAGUGUAUACCUCUUCCCCUAACCUUCCCCAUUCUGUGUCAUACAAUAAAAAACAUGUGAAACCUUUUAUUCAGUUAAUGGAACCCUGAAAAAUCCUAAGCCUAUUUUUCAAAUAUUUUUUUUAAAAUGGAAGAUUUUAACAUUUGUCCCUUGAAACUACUUUUUUAUUUUUGUUCUUUACCAAAAUUCACAAGCUGAAAUUCAUCUGACAAGUUUCUAUAUGAUCAUCAAUUAAUGCUUAAAGCUAUUGCUUCGUGUGUGUUUUUGAAGUCAUACUUGGUGGUGUACUUCUGUGUUACCUGUCUUGCAUUUGGUGUUAUUUUUACAUCAGUAUCAGACCCAAAAAUUAAAAAAUAAAAAAAUAAAGUAAUUUUGUAGGUUUUCUGGAGACUAUUUCAAAAUGUGCACAACUUAUCCUGCAGAUGAGGGCGUACAUUCAUUCUGGAUCCAAUUAACUUCUGUUUUUACAAGUGAAUCCUAAAUAUGCAGUAGAAAAUAGCACCGUGUUAGUCAUUUUUAUGAGGACUUUGAAAGUGUUUCUUAUAUUUUGUUCAGCUCACUUAUAUUAGCAACAGCUGUUCAGUUGCAAAUUACCUUUGGGCUUAAUUGGAUGUUCAGAGCAAUUUUAAAUUCACUCCAUUGGAAGACUGAAAAGAACUAAAAGGUCAGAUUUAGCUCAGAGGGACAAACUUAAAAAGAUGAGUAGUGGAAUAUAGCCUCUGGAUUUUAGCAAAGUUCCUUGAAGGAUUGGUGUGAAUUGACUAAAACGUAAAGCAUAAAUCUAACAUGUAAAGUGCAAGCUGCUUUGUUUGUGUGGCGCCACAUCAAGUUCAUACACAUGAAUCAAUCACUACCACAUCUGGAGCCCAUCUGAGUACGAUCAGCUUGUUUUGCACUCACUUGUAAUAAUAUGUAUAGUUUAUUCUUUGUGACCAAGACUUAUAAAAUUAGAACCUUGCACUUAGAACUAGUGUGUCAUUUGUGGUGUCAUGGCCAACUUUUCAUGUUUUACUGUCAAGCUGAAAGUUGUUCUGUGCAAUUUAGUGACAUUGCCAUAAAUGUAAUGUUUACCUACUGUGUGCCCUGUCUGUGCAGAAACUGGUUUCUAAAACAGAUAUAACACUAAACGUUAAAACGCAUUUGGAACAUUUAGGUGUAGACUACAACAAUCAAGGAUGUCAGGAAGUCUGGGAA